GCGGGCGAUCCGUCGGUCCGGCGCUCCUUGAUGUUCGGUCUGGUUCUCCAGCGCGCCCCGUCGUGCCUUUUGCGCGAGAUGGAUUGCUGCGGGGGCCUGAAAACCCGAGAUCAGCUGCUGCGCCAGGACAGAGAGGAGGAGGCGCACACACAGGAACGACAGCUCCUUCAUUUGGCAGAGGUCCUCAACCCAAAAAGGCGAUGAGGAUGUAUGUUGUGCAGCUUCUGGCUCGCCUGUCGGUAUGCUGCACUGCGAGGACGCACUGGAGGAGGAUGAGAAUGAGGACGAGGACGCCACGCGCGAAUGGGCUCCGGGCAGGCCAGGGGCAUCAAUUAUUGGGCCUGCGUAUCACCAUCUUGAUGCCGAGGAGACCCUCAGCAACGAAGUGAACAAGGAGGAAGAGCUCGGUCCAUUUACGGCAUGUCCCCUCCCAGCGGAAUAUCGUCAAGUCUUGGUUCCCUGGAUGCGGGAGGUCUGCAAUGCUCGAGCUCUUUCACCGGCAACGUUUUUUGCUGCAGUAUCCCUGUUGGAUAGAUUUCUUCGCGCUUCCGGCGAGGGCGCAACACCACCUUCUUUGCUUCAGCUCGUCGCUCUGACGUGCGUUGCGGUCGCAGCCAAGCUAGAACAGCAACAAUGCGCCAGUGAACUCCUGAGCCUGGCCCGGGACGAGAAUGGGAAUCUCUACAAGGCGGACGACUCUCGCAUGAUGGAGAUUCAUUUGCUGGACAUGCUCGGAUGGCGUCUUCGAACGCCAACAAUCUACACCUUUACGUCGCUCUUUCUGCACCGUGUCGUGAACCGCCCGCAAGAUGGGCAGGUAGUGCCGCCUGGGACGGAGGCGCACUUUCGCGAACUCGUGCUGCGCUUGGCGGAAUUGGCUGUGCUGGACUCCGAGCUGACGUCGGUAAGCUACAGCUCAUUGGCUGUGGCAUGCAUCCUGGUGGCCGAGACCGAGAUCAAAGGCGGCCAAAUGCACGCUAGCUUGAAGACCGUGGAGUCCUUACGAACCGUGCCGGGACUGAGGGAUUUAUCUAAUCUUUCGGCUCCUGUUCAGAGGCUUUACUGUCUCUACAAAUCGUUAACUUCCUCAUCUCGCUAA